AUGGGCCGGCAGGUUGCCGUCGAGAAACGAGCUUCCAUCGCGCGCAGGCUGGAGUUUCUGCCUAUCAAAGUGUUCGCUGCAAUUCUCGUCGUGAUCGCCUUCAUCGUCGAGGCCGUGCACGCGGCGCAGGUUGGGGACUGUGAGUCCCUGGUGCAGCAGAAGCCGAGACGUCUUGAAGAUUCUGACUCGAGGCAAGAAUCGAAGGAGGAGCCCGAUGUAUCUCUCUUUGAGAUGGCCGGCGGGCUGCUUGAGGGCUCCUCCCCAGAGUUCGUGGGGCUCCUCCAGGAGAUCGACAAGAAGAUGCGGCCCUUCUGGAACUUCACGCUCCGGAGAGACCGCUGUUUGGAGAUGGUGAACACGCUGACGCACACCAAAGGCAAGCUCAGCAAGCUCAGCAAGCUUAGCAAGCUCGAGAUCCACACUGGGGUCUUCUUGCCCCAGGGCCGCUUUGGCGAAGGAUGGGCGGAUCCCCUUCGAAAGCUGCGCCUUGCGCCGAUGUCUUUCCUGGCAUCGCAGGAUCUCAGCAGGGUCAAGCUCCACGUCUGGUCCAACGUGGCGCCGGAGAACGAAGCUUUAAAGCAGGUGUUCGAGCCCUUGCUGAAGAAUCCGGCCUACGCAGACAGUAUUGAGGUCAGCUACUUCGAUGCAGAGAAAGAGGCAGCAAAAGUGGCAGCUACAUUGUAUACCAAGCCACUGGAAAAGACCUUGUACGAUGUUUACACGAACCAGACAGACUUGACCUCGCUUUCUGACCUCAUGCGGGUGAUUCUUCUUUACAACUAUGGGGGCGCCUGGAUUGACAGUGAUGUGCUGCUCAUCCGAGACAUGACCCCGAUACUGGAAGAGGACUGGGCGUAUUUGGGGCAGAGGACCUACAUCAACAACGCCGUCAUGUCAACGUCGAAGCCGCAGUCGCCCUUCAUGCAGGCCUACCUGUCCUACGUGGUCGGAAUCCAGUUGAGCAGGGGACAUGCCUGGUACGGCCCGAGGAUCUUGAAGGCCCUGGCGCUGCAGAUGCAGAUGGGGCUGACGGAAGCGCGUUUCCACGUGUUGCCCCAAUGCUUCUUCGAUGGUGCUUGGCAACAUCUGCCCAAUGCCACAGGCUGGAAUCAGUUCUUUACAGAAGAAGCACAUCCAGAGCAAGUCUGGUACAUCGAUCCGAACGAGAGCCACAAUGCCUUUGCCUUCCACUGGCACGGGCGUUGGAAGCUUCCAAUUGAGUCAGGUUCCCUUGCCGACAAGGCAGAGCAACUGUACUCAAAAAUGCUGGGUAUCUGA